AUGAAACAAUCACCAAAUCAAUCUCAGUUUCAACCUCAGUUACAACCUCAGUUACAACGCCAACCUCAAACAUCUCCAAAUUUACAGCAGCCCCAGUCACAGCAACAAACAUCGCAUCCAAAAGUUCAACAAGUAUCUGUUAGUGAACCGCCAAUUCAAGUAAUUCAACGUGAUUCUGGCUCAACUCAACAAGAGACUUUACAGGUUUCUACACAAGAUGCAGUUCAAUCAAUAAAAAUAAGAAAUUCUCCAUCUCCCAUCCGAGUUGUUCAACAUACACCAUCUGAAAGAUCAAUUACUCCUUUGACUCCCGUUAGUCCUUUUUAUAGUGUAAUUCGAAUAUUUGCUGGUCAAAAUAUUUUAUCAAAUGAAGAAUCAAAACUAUUUUUAUUAAGUCCGACCACAAUCACCUCUGCACUCAUUAAGCAAGCAUUACACCGGUUUAAAUUGGAUGAUGUAGAGGAUUGGGAAAGUUAUUAUAUAACGAUCAAAGAAACUAAUAAAGAUCAUAUUCAAUUAAUGUCUGACGAUCUUCCACUUGAAGUCUUUCAUUCAUUAACAUCUGUCACAUUGCCUUCAAUCAGAAGGGGUUCUGUCGGAUCUAUUUCUUCAACUACCUCAAAUUUAUCUGAUAUCAGUGUAAUCAAACAAUUAGGAUUACAGGAUGAGAAAGAAAAUAUUACCUUCUUUUUAAAUAGACGUUCAAAAAGAGGCAGUCGAUCUUCAGGCGAAAGAAAAUUACGUGUACGGGUGUUGGUUUAUAAUGAUGAUUUACCUAUUCAUUUAAGGAGCAACAAACAACACGUACCAAGAACUUCCAUGUCUGUUCCUAAACAUCUUGCUGAAAAAGCUGCAAGACGACGUUCAAGAGAAGAAGGUAAACCCAGAGAAAAGGUUGUUAUGGUUUCUGGACUUGCGACUGUUAGGCAAAUUAUAGAAAAAGCUAUGGAUAAGUUCGAAAUUACUGAUGGUAUUAUUGAUGAUGGUAAAAGGAUUUCAGAUACUGAUGAUAGACCACGAUAUCAGUUAAUGGUUAUUGUUGAUGGAGAAGAAAAACUCCUUCCCUCCGAAAUAAAUGUUAUUUCGGUUUAUCCAACGGCGCCGAAGCUCCAUCAUGUAUCGGUAGAUUCCGUGGACUCAUCUUCAUCUUUGGCAUUAGAUUAUCGGCCGGAUGAACCAAUGUUCGUUCUAAGACUUUUGCGACCUGAGGAUCGUCAAACACGUGCAAUGCCUGCGGCUUCUAAUAUAAACCAAUUUACUCAAAAUGCAAAACUUCUAACACCAACACAUAAUUUGAAUAAACAAGACGAACGAAAACCCAAUAAUAAUAUAGUAAAUACACGUAAACAGCUUAUUGAGCAGCAACGUGAAUACAGUCGCGAACAACAAAGAUCUAUUCUUUCUGCGCAUAAAAAUGCUUCACAAGGUAUUGAUAUUGUUACGAAAGUUGGUGCAAUUCGAAGUUCUCGUAUUUUUGGUGCCAAAGUUCGAUAUUCUUUUAUUCCAACAAAAGGAGAAGAAAUCGAUAUUAGUGACCUUAUUGAAGAUAUUUUGG